UUGACCCACCCUUUUCAAAGAAAAUUAAACCUUGAAGAAAGUUAAUUUCCUCAGCUGGUUCUCUGCUCUCUCAAACAGCUGAUUAUACCUUUUUUGCCUAGUCACCAAACCACAAUUUCCUUGCAAGUUUCAGGAAGUCUGAUUUAUUGCUUCACUGAAAGCAGAGCAGACAGUUUGACAGAGAGUCCUGAAACCUGAACAGAUCUAGAUUCGGUCACUGCCAUCUCCUCUGAUCUGAUCUGAGAAACUCCUAAGAUGACGUCUCAGCAAGCGUGGGGUUUCCUGCCCAUAACAGCUCUUCUCCUCUCCCUUCUGUCCGUCCACACGUUUGCCGAGGUGGUGAAGUCAAUGUCAGACUGUGACCGCUUUCUUCUUCACCAAACUCCACCACACAUUCCAGGCAUCCUGGAGGAUGGGAAGAUCCUUAAUCAGAACCGAUACAAACCCAUUUGCCAGACCUACAAGAACCAGAGGAGAUUUGUGACACUCUACGAUGUCCAGAACAAGAUUCCAGUGUUUUCUGCUUUCAGGUUUGUUGGAUCAAUCCCCGGGAAGAGGCCCAAAAGUUUCUGGAGGGUGGAACCACAGCUGGAGAGUGAAACUCUACAGAACAACAUGGUGCCUAGAGACAAGAACAAGACCUACAACUACCAGGCUGGUGACAUCGAUUACAGAUUCAACGGUACAUUUGAUAGGGGUCAUAUAUUUCCCAGCUCCUACGCCUUAACCACAUCAGACAAACUGUCAACUUUCACCCUGACAAACAUUGUUCCCCAAGCAGAGUCCUUCAACAAGGGCAGCUGGAACAAAAUGGAGAGGUGCACCAAAUGUGUCAUGGAAAAGUACUGCAUCAACAGCAGUGGCGGUACUGAAGGCUUUGUGGUGACUGGAGCACAACCCAGCUUAAACAGCAAACUUAACAAUAGGGUCAACAUUCCCUCCACACUCUGGUCGGCCUUCUGCUGCUACAGCGCCACCGCGAAGGCGUGGAUAGCGAGCUCGCACUGGGGCGACAACGUUCAAGAUGAGUCUAAAGACAAAUAUCUGGAAACUAAGACCCUGGAAGAACUUCACCACCGACUGAAGAUGUCCAACUCUGAGUUUAUAGUAUUUCCUGGAACACAAUGUCCUCUCCAAACAACCGUCACUAAGUUUUACCCAGAAAUGAUAAACUGCCACUGUCCACCGACUACCAGUGACCCUUUAUUUUCAUUAUCUAUCGCAUAUCCACCCUCUCAUCUUACUUUCAUCUUCACCUUGUUCAUAUACUCAUAUCAUCACUGUUUAUUCUGCUAAGCAAGACAAAUAGAUUGAACUGUGACUGUGAAAAUCUGUAGCCAAUCAGUGCAUACCUUUUUCUUUGCUGUGGCAACUUUCUAUAUUCUUCAAACUGAGCUGCAAUUACUAUCCUUUUUCAGUAGAUGGCACCAUCUGAGAAAGUAAAAUUUGGUGCAGCCUCUUAAUAAAUGAAUAGAUUUAUCAUGAUUUAAUUUGAACCAUUCAGCAGUACCCCCAUCAGAUCCAGUGACAUAAAAAAGCUGAAUGAACUUUAAAGCCACCUGGCUCUGCAGCCUCUGAAGCUCAUUAUGCUAGCAGACAUGGUUCAUAAAAUAAUAAAAAAAAAAUGGUCAAUGAUGAGCAUCCUCUUCAAAAUAACUCAACAAAAGAAUGUCUUCAAUCAGAUCUGCUGCAAAACGGACCACUACAGCAGAUCCUUUCGGUCCAAAACUAGAACUAUCUGCAUAAUUCGCUGAAGAAACUUGAAUAAUGAGAGAUUCUACAACUAAUUACCAUCUGACAUUAAGUAAAUAAUAAUGAAUGGAAUUCAUCAGUCAUGAUAUUAAGGUUACAUCAUCCCAAUUAGAGCUAAGCAUCCCUGCUGACUUGGGGCAUGAACAAAGAACACCUAAAGGUAACCUGGAGGCUCUGGUAUUGACAUAUUAGUCUCACAUCAUGUAGGACCGGUGGAUUUUGAGGCAGAAUAUGUGGAGUGGGAUAAAUAUAUUAGAACCCUUUAACUGAAUUUUACCAAACUCUGGAAAUCUGGACCCAAGUCUGUCGUACAGCAAUACAGAGACGCACGCACGGGACAAAUAACCGUGCACACUCACACCUAAAGGUAGCUCAAAGUAGCCAGUUGACCUAACAGUCAUGUUUUUGCAUUGUGGGAGGACGCCGGAGUACCUGGAGAGAACCCAUAGAGAGGUCCAACUGGGAUUUAAACCCAGGACGUUGUUACAGCAUGGCAACAGUGCUCACCCACGCAACACCAUGCACCCGAGCUAACGUUCAACAAAAUUCUUCCGACACAAACUUCUUCAAGUGAUUGGAUUUAGUUCCAUGAUGUGUUUUACUGUUCUGUAUUGAAUUAAAAAUAAAGACAGAAGAGAAACAAA